GAUAUCCGUAUCUCAAGUAAGCUGAGGCCAAGAAAUUAACAUUAGGAGCCCGAGAAAGAGAGCGGGAAACGGCCAACGAUAGUCUUACGGCACCCUUGGCCAAAAACGCCAUUCUACCGUUAACGGCAGGGUGAAGUGUGUACCUAGGCAGAAUCCGCCCAUAACGACAGGACAACACGGCAACACGAUACACAUCGGUCAACAAGACCACCAGAUCUGUGAGGAAUAAGAAAAUUCAGAAUGUCCAAAGACAAGACGCUCCGCAUCUUUUGCUUCGGCGACUCGCUGACGGCCGGGUACUCGUCCUACGGCGCCGUUUACCACCCGUACUCCAUCGCCCUCACAAAGUUGCUCGCCAUGUACCUUCCCGACACGCAGAUCGUGGCGACGGAUAACGGCAUGCCCGGUGAUGUCGUUUCGCAGGGAGCCUUUGCGCAGCGCUUCGAGAGCGAGAUGAACCAAGCACAAUAUGACUGGGUCGUCAUACUGGGAGGCACAAACGACCUUGCAUACGACGUGCCGCCAGAUAGAAUAUUUGACUCUCUUCGAAAAGUAUACGACUCUGCCAUCGCAAAGGGCAGCAAAGUGCUCGCAUUGACGGUCCCCGAACGCUCAGCCAAGAAUGAGAAGCUCGAUGCCCGCCGGCGGCAGCUAAACAGCAGCAUCCUCUCUCAUCAAUCCCCUAAUUACCACGCCUUCGACCUCAACCCGAGGAUCCCAUACCACGCCCUGACCGAGCGGGAAUGCAGAAGGUACUGGGACGACGGCCUGCAUCUGACACCAGCGGGCUACGACUGGAUGGGCGCACACAUCGCCGAGGCCCUCCGCGACUUUGUAGAGCUCGAGCGGAAUCCUCAGUCCAAGAGAGCGCAUAGGGCGCGACGCAACGCCGAGGAGCAAAUUUCCUUUGACGAGGAGGAUGGGGACCCGCACUCGCUCAGCGAGGGUUACGUAUUCGUGCGGAUGAGAGACUUGAACUAGAUACCUUUUUCCUUUAAUGCGAAUAUUGUUUCUCAUUGCAUGGUUCACUCGUCGUCCUCUCUUAUUCAGUCUAGCUCCUGUCUACUACGCGAGUUAGGCUACGUGACUGCUCCAUGCUGACGUGCUUUCUCUUGAUUUGUGAUAUGCAGUGCGCUCUCUGUUGAU